UCUUUAGUUGCACAAUGGCGUGUCAGGUUCGUCUCUCAAAACUCAGCUGUUGCCGUUUCUGAGCGGAGGCCGGCCCAAAAAGGUUGGACCGUCCACAGCGCGGGAUUAAAGUCAUCCAGCAAGUCAGUAUCAUCCUGGCUAGCAGUCUCACGCAUCCUCGAUACUAAAGAACAUCGAAUUUUCGGUGGUCAUCUGGUCAUCUGGGUUCUUUGCCGUAAAAGCAAAGAGCAAAGUGUGUGUGUGUGCGCGCGCGAAAAACAAUUCGUCCGGGAGUUCCGGAGAUUCGCUUUCGAGGAGACGGUGUUCCACCAACUUUGGAACGUUCCCCCGUUCAGGAACGGUCGGCAACACGAAAAGCAUCCACAAGAACGAGCAAGAAGCUACUCAUCCGGUGACACGGUCACCCUACGAAGAUCUCUCUCCGUCCACGGAUCGUUUGCAGCUCACUAGGGAGGGAUAUCCCACACAAGACAAUUUACCAAAAUUUUUCUUUGUAGCUACUAAAGUUACCUGACUGACAAUCGUGCAUUGGCAACCCUCAGCUACGCAGAGUCGUGCAUCGAACAAUUAGCUAAGGGAGCUGUGCGCGCUUUUUUUAAAAUAAAGUGUUCAAAAGAUAAUUAGUGUUGGGAAAACGAAAACAAAAGGUUUUUUUUUUUUGUUGGAGUUUACCCGAGUACGAAUUAUUGUAGUCAGUGUAAAGAGAGGAGGUAAAGGAAACAUAGACUAGAGGGGCGAAAAUAUAAGUAAAAAAGAGAAGAGACUUAAGAAGCAAUCGUGGCGUGCUACCGAACGGAAGUGAAGUUCGCGCGCAAUAUGAGAGUGGCCAGGCAGCAUCCUCUGCAUCUUCAAGUGACGCGCAUCAAUAAUGGAAAGUUCCUGGUUAACCCGAAUAACCAUCAAGACGUUCAUCAACCCUCCAGCGAGGAGGCGCCCGUUUCACCGGUCGUCUUUCCAAGCUGCGAGCCUGUGCCAACUGCCCAUCAUGGUCCGACGAUACUCGGCGAUCGAUUCCUUCUCGUAGGACCAGCCGAAGGUAGCGCCUUGUACAGAUGCGUUGACGUGCAGACUGGACAGCAGCUAGUUGCCAAGGCAUUGACUGUGGGCGACAAAGGCGGAGAAGCCCUUCUACAAGCUCAUCUUCGUCUGGAAGGAACCGGAGCGGCGAGCGGAGUGGCAGGAGUCGUGGAUGCGCCAGGGGGACGGCGUUACCUCCUCCUGGAGGGACACCACGGGGACCUACAUGCCUACGUCAGAGCACGGAGAAGACUUCGCGAACCGGAAGCCAGAAGGCUCUUUCGUCAAGCAGCUAGGGCAGUGGCGACCUGCCACGAGAAUGGCGUCGUCCUACGCGACCUCAAGCUCAGGAAGUUCGUCUUUGCCGACGAGGCCAGAACACGGCUUCGCCUGGAGAGUCUUGAAGAUGCUGUCAUUGUCGAGGAUCACGAUGAUAAGCUGACCGAUCGCCGUGGUUGUCCGGCGUACGUCGCUCCGGAGGUAUUAAGAUCCGGAAGGGCAUACUCGGGCAGGGCUGCGGACAUCUGGUCUCUGGGCGUGCUUCUCUACACCAUGCUCGUCGGCCGGUACCCGUUCAAUGACGCCGAACACGCCUCCCUCUUCGCUAAAAUUUCCAGAGGUCAAUUCGCCGUGCCCGAGGGACUUGGACCACGUGCACGGUGUCUCAUCAGGGCACUCCUCAGGAGAGAACCUUCCGAAAGACCGGAUGCUCAGGACGUCUCCAGGCAUCCGUGGCUCUCGAAGCCUCUUCGCCUUCCUCAAACCAACGGGAGGUCUUCCCACGACCAGCUCGUACCAGAGCCCACCAAUCGUUCUCAAGACUGAUUCCAAGAAAAAUUCCACGCACGUUGUUCUACGUCUUUUUUUUCGUUCUAAGAACGUUCUUCGUUCGAACGUGCGCGUAGACGUCGUCUACAGGGACGCCAGUGGUACCACAGCUAAUAGGCAUAGCAUCCUUUCCCCACGACAAACGCACGGGAGAGAACAAGAAUCUUCCUUCCAGGUCGAUAUUCGUUCACGUCGUCUCCUGGCGAAUGUCUAGGAACUAAGAACUAUACCUUUUGCCGUGUACCUUUUUCAUUUUUCUUAACGCAGUAAGGAAGAUUCCUCGGGGCGACGUGCGAAUUCGGCUUGAGUCGCGGAUGAUUAGCCAAUACCUGGUGCAUCUGCACAUUCACAUCCCGCGCGGCUCUUUCCUAUUCUUCGAUGUAACGUGUACUUCGAAAAGAGUAUGUCCGGGUCAACGAGGUUAUACCUAAAGUAAUACAUGAUUUAUGAUUUGUAAUUUAUGAUUCCGCGCGAUCGAGUGACGAGCCGCGCGCAGCCAGUCACGUUUUUCGAGCUGGCUGCCAUCUUUAAAGAAAUGAGAUGCGUCAAGGACGCAUCGGCCGAGGUAGAAUUUCAGGAAGCAGGAAAUCCUCCAUUUCCGUCGGCAGACACGACUCCCCUCUGCUGUUCUCAGACAUUUCUUUCCUUUAUUUUCUAUUUUAUCCCAGGUUUAUCCCUACUCCUUCGUCGCCAAGCUUCUUUUCGAGUUUCGCUCGGACGAUUUGUCAUUGCGUAAUUUCUCUUAUAAUAACGAUUUUCUUUUCUAAAUACGAUGUAUCUUCGAAGAGUUUGGUGAAAGUCUUAUUGGUUCACCAAUUCUUUUACCAAUUAUUUAAUGAAAAGGUGCGACUGUGUACCCGUUCAUUAACGAUGAAUUGUAAAUAAGUUCGAUUUACUGAGUCCUAUGCCUAAUUCAACUGGCUACUCAAGCUUCUGUACAUAGAAAGAAAUAAAAAAUGAUGUUUGCGAUUCA